CCUUUACUGACGUCCUCCAAGAUCCGAUCAGGUUGAUUCAAAAGAUGUAAGUGGCGAGCGAACAGCCCAUUUUUAAUGUCGUUCAUUCUCGAGGCCGUUGGCCACAUCAUAAGGAGGAACAUGGAGGACCCCAAGGAGAGGGAGGACUACUGGAAUGCCCACAUAGACAACGUUGACAUGAAAAGGAAGAAAGUGAAGGAUGCCAUCAACCAACCUGUGAAGCCGUUUGGUUUUUGGAACUCAGCCCCAGCAAACGCAAAGUACAACACAAACUUGGAUCCAGGCAUCAACACGUUGCCUGGGAGGGCCAAAACUGUGGAUGACUGAACCGGAAAGGGUCUUCCUUUGUGGGCAUCUUGCCAAGCAAUAUCUUGUUUAGCACAGGUCAGUGAGGUGGCAGGGCAAGAGUCUUGCCUGGAUGUCCAUGUGGCCCAUUAUGAACAUAAUCAAUGCUGGAUUUGGCUGUGCACAAUAAAUGCAGCACUGUAUGGAAGUUUCUGUGUGUCAAGGCCAGAAAGAAUAGGCACCUGAGUCGCAUAUUCUGAUGAGCGCUGCUAUAAUUAACUGAUUGCGAUUGAACGGGUGACCUGCUGCUGGGAUUGAUGAUGGCAGUCGUGUGUUUGUUGAGAGGGCUGGCUCAUCAGCCAUCCAGAGAAUUUGUCUGCUGCAGCAGACCUGCUGUGUCCGCAAUUACGUGUGGCCCACUUUCCUCAUGGCAAUGGCGCCCGUGCUUUGACGGUGUAAAUGCAAUGUACCCAUGUAGGACAGAUGCCC